UCACAGAUAUAUCAGGUGACCCAAAACUGCGAGUAAGCUUGCACUGCUGCACACAUCCGUCAGUUCCAGGAAUCGAAUGCUUCUUGGAAAAGGUGACGGACAGCGUCACACAUUACAGACCCAAGCGAGGCAGUGCUAAUGCCAACGCUCAUUAACAUAACAAGGUAGACUGAUUGGUACACCUCGAUACAGGUAGGCGAUAUAUAUCCAGUAUCACUUACACUCGUCUGGUAGGACCAAUAAUAACGGCACUUGUUUAAAUGGUACUGCUGCACACAUCCGUCAAUUCAACGAAAUCAAAUGCUUCUUGGAAAAGAAGGCAGACAGCGUUACACAUUACGGUACCCAAACGAGGCAUUGCUAUUGACAACGCUCAUUUACAUAACAAGGUAGACUGAUGGGUAGAUGUACCCCUCGAUACAGGUAGGCGAUAGAUAUCCAGCGUCACUUACAAUCGUCUGGUCGGACCAAUAAUAACGAUGGAACAAACUUGGAUUGUCUUCAUUGUUUACAUUCUGGCAAUAACAGCGACACUGACUUUAGGCCAGAGCAGUGAAAAUAUUUGGGAACAGGUUCGAACAAGAGAAAAUCCAUGUCGCGAUACAACAUGUGGGGAGAAACAGGAUGUGUGUGAAUGCUACCUGACAGUUGAACACCGGCUCACCAUGAUGAUAGAAGAAGAAGGAACUCUAGUGGUACCUGACGGAGGUCAGCUUUAUGAGUAUGACAAACCAGGGAGUCCUAUAAUAAAAGCUGAACAGAUACCGUAUAUCUUGACGGCGGAUGCUAACAACUCGCGAUUGGUAAUUACCGUAAAUCGGCGAUUCCCUGGUCCACAGAUCACGGCGUACGAGGACCAGACUUUGAUUAUCCACGUCCGUAACCUGAUGGACACAGAUAGUACUACGGUACACUGGCAUGGUAUGCAUCAACAAGGAUCCACGUAUGCAGACGGCGUUGCUAUGGUGUCUCAAUGUCCCAUAGGGCACGGUCAGGAAUUUACCUACAAAUUCAAGGACAAACCGCACGGCACCAGCUUCUACCACGCCCAUAUUGGUGAUCAGAGGACUAUGGGGUUGUAUGGAGCUCUCGUCGUGUACCCUAAACAGGAGCUCCCCUCAGCAACAAGACAGGAACAUGUUGUCACUUUGCAGGACUGGAACCACGACGAUGAUGCAGCAACGUUAUAUCAACGUAUGUUAUAUGGAAUAUACGACCAGGCGAGUAAAACACCAUACCAGACAACGUCCUCCCGGGACGGUGCUAUGUACAGCAGGUACAGGUUCCAUUCCGGACUAGUGAACGGUAAAGGACGUUACUACGAGUCAUCUACCGUACAUAACCAGGCUCCUCUGACUGAGUUCGAUGUGGCCCCAAACAGGAACUACACGUUCCGAGUCAUCAGUGCAGCCACCCUCUAUCCCUUCCGUGUGUACGUGGAAGGGCAUCCGACAAUAACUGUCGUUGCUUCUGACGGAUUUGCAUUGAAACCAAUGGAUGUUGAAUCGUUCAUCAUUAAUCCAGGAGAAAGAUACGACUUCAUUCUGUUUACAGACAAGCCUAAAGAUAACUAUUUACUGGUUGCACAAACACUGGAGGUAGAAAGUGAGAUUACAAGACGUGAUGAAUACCACGUGGCGGAGGCUAUCAUCCAUUACAUAGGUAUAGCCAGAAACCUAAACCUUGAAAAGAGCGGUAAAAACGAGUGUACAGCGUCAAAGAAAUGUGUGAUAUUCAAUUGUCCUUAUCUUCUUCCUACAGGGGUAAAUGAAACCUGUAAGACUUUCAAUGACGCGAGAACAGAUGAUUUUAACUCUCGGCCACAAGAUGUCAGGAAUAUCGAUAAGGAGCUUUUUUUUAAUUUUGCCUUCCCUGGACCUGGUGGCUUUAUGGAAGGGUCGGUGAAUGGUCGCCAAUUCGUGCCUCCUGUUGCUCCGGUCUACUCACAGCCCGAAGAUAUCGAUACUCAGUGCGAUGUAAACUGUGAAGACCGGACGUGCCGAUGCACGUACACUCAAGAAAUAGAAUCCGGAAAAGUGUACCAGUUUACACUGACUAACCUUGGGAAUGGGAAAGGAUGGUCACAUCCGGUACAUUUACAUGGACAUUCAUUUUACGUCAUGAAGAUGGGUUUUGGACAGUACAAUCCUGGUGGUAAUUUGACUGAUUCAACAGCGGAUAUAUCAUGUGCACGUGGGUCGAAGGGUUACUGUAACGCUCCGAUAUGGGCCGACGAGACAUGGAAUGGAGGAAACGUACCAGACCUAGUUUUAAACGAUACCGCACAAAAAGACACCAUCAUCGUCCCUACUGAUGGUUACGUCGUCAUCAGAUUCAAGGCAGACAACCCUGGUGCCUGGUUCUUCCAUUGUCACAUCGACCUCCACAACACAAACGGUAUGGGGAUGGUAAUUAUUGAAACUCCAGAGAAAUAUCCUGAUGUCCCGAAAAACUUUCCAGUCUGUGGGGACUUCAAAGAGGAGGAAAAUGACAGUGAGGAUUCGGGACUAGGAUUUGGAGCUGGAAUAGGUGUAGGUAUUGUAAUUAUUUUAGGUACAGUUUUCCUGAUCGUUGUGGUGGUAUUGAUAGUGAAGAAGUGUAGAGAGUAGGCUGAAACUACAUAGAAACGGAAACGUGUUACUGAGCGUCAUUAUGGCCAAAAACAAUUAUAAUUUUCUUAGAAUUUGAUUGAUUCGUAAUGUCAAACAGAAUAAAUUAAUGGAAAUUAAAGAGAAAUAUUUUAUAACGUAUCGGUAUAAAACACUCGUUUUAACUAGUAUCAUAGGUCUCAAAUGUUUAGGCGUUUAACUAUGAAAUUCACAGGAGCUACUUAACGUUAAACAAGUAUGGUACUCAUCUUGAUAAUUCAAACUCAUUAUUCACUAUGUUUCUGAUUAACGUGUUUUACACACCUUCCUUUUUGUUUGAACUGUAGUAAAGAUUAAAUGCGUGUUAGAUUGACGAAGAUAUGUAUGGCCUUGUUUAAUAUUUUUUUUGGUUUACCAAAUUUGUUGCGUGCACUCAAUUGUGUGUGCAUUCCAUAUAUUUUUAAACUUUCAAAAUAGAGCGUCAGAAUAAUACGAAUAAGACGUUCUCAAUGGCAUUGUCUGUCAAUGAAUCUCACAAUAACCAAGUUCUAUUAAUACACACAUCUUAAAUAGAUAUAAAGUACUAGCACAACGACAAACCCCUUUAGAACCCCAUCAUAAUAAGGUAUGCUUUGUUUUGUAUCCCAAAAUCGGUAUUCAUAUCUAUUUGUAAAAUGGUAAUUGUUUGGAUACACAUAAAAAGGUUAACAGAUAAAGCAUUAUGAUUUGAAUGAACCGAAUUAAAAGUAUGAACAGUAACGAACAUUUUUCGUAGUAAUCAUUUUGAUUAAAAACUAAUUUUGUAGAUUAAUUUGCAGUUCAUAUUAGCUAUCAAUGACAAUUAGUUUUAUUUCAUAUCAAACUGAUAUAUAUCUUUAGAUAUGUGCUCUCUUAGAUGUUUAUCGUUUGCAAAUAAUAAUAUAUUUUUAUAGUUAGUUUACAAUGAACCUAAACUACAACUUUAAGCCAUAGGUACCCUUCACACCCACAUAGCAUUACAAAACAGUCAUAAAGUAUUUCAAAUUAAACUGAAGGAGAAGCUGAACGGACAGAAGUUUUUAAAUAUUUUUAAAAAUGGGGUACAGCUGAAAUUAAAAAAAGGUUGCAUCGACAAUAGGCCCAGGAACAUAUACGACUGUAGUGUGUUGUGGUGACCGCAUUAGUGGAAAAACUCAAAAUUAGGAUAAUCAAUAUUUGAGGAGUUUUCUGGAAAAUAUUCCUUCCAAAGACAGGUAGACGGCCAGAAAGACAGACAACCUGAUGUCAGGGUUUCCCAUAACUUUGUAACAAGGUUGGGAUUGCUAUGGAGAAAAGUUGAAUUAAUUUUGCAAUGUAUGUUAAGUGGAUCCGAAGCUUACUUUCUUGCAUUUACAAUGUAUAUACUCAUAUUUGUAUCUUUGCAAUUUUUUCUUUAAACCAGUAAGGUUAUCAUUGAUUAAGCUUUUGUGUUGUGACGAUUGUCAAUUUUUAUCAAGUAUGUUUAUUAUUGCUGUCAGUCAUAUAUUUAUAUUUUUAUAUCAGAAACAUAAUUAUUGUAUUUAGUUUCCUAACACUUAAAGUGAUAAUUUUAAUGUUGUAUAUUUGUAGACUUUUAGUGUUAAGUUUAUAUUCAUCCAACAUUAAUAAAUUCAUGUAUUUUGAUAUUAAUUUAUACAUAACAUAAAGGCAACUUUUAUUGAUAACUAUAUGAAACACGUUAAGAAUAAUUAAAGCUUUUGAUGUCGUAGAAAAUAGAAUCUUUUAACCUGAGGAAAAACCUUAUACAGAUUGGAGUUGAAAUAAUAGUGAACGACGAAAAAUGGAUCGAGUUUAGUCUUCUUUUAAUAAUGUAUGAAAUACUAAAAUAUCUUCGAAGUCAACGUAAGGUAAUUUUUUACGAGUUAUUAACCUAAAAAUAUGUUUGAUUAACAGACUCUGUUUAUUUUGAGUUAGAAAUGUGAAUAUGUGUUUGUUAAGCGCCCACUGGAGUGUCAAUGAUAUUUACUGAAUGCCUCUUUCAGGUCACGAUAGGUAUGUGACAAGUAUCUGCAAUGUUAUACUUUCGUGGAUAAAAAAUAGAUGUCCUAUCAAGUUACGUUUCUUAUACCUCUUAGAAAGAUGUACCAAAAUAGUGUUUGUCAAAUAAGCCCUACGUGUUUUUGAAAACGGAUAUGAAUAGACGCAAACUUUCGUACGAUCGCCUGUGAACCUGUUUGAAGAAGUGCGUUUUUCAAUAAUGCUUUAAAUAUUUACGGAAUUUAAUGAUAAAACUAUGUAAAACUAUUUGACACACUUUCCUCAUAUGACAACUCUUCCUACCCGUUUGUUGCAGGGAGUAGUCUUUAAAUGACUUCGGACAGGUGAUGCGUAUUAGACGUUAUUGACAAACUAGAUUUUUUGUUUAUUUGUUAAUAUUUACAUCAUAAUUGUUCUAUUUGGUUUGUUAAUGCUGCUUAGUGUUUAAUGCAUUAUUUCUUUACUUUAUAUAGCUCAGAUGCUUCGACUUAAUACUUCUCUAUACUAAUGAUGGAAGGCGUUUUAACCGUACUUUUAUAUCUUACUGUAAUUUUACAAAUGAAGUUAUGCAGAGAGGAUAUUUAGUGAGAAACUUGACAAAACCGUCUUGUAAUUUUCAACGUAUUUUUUUCGUUUGACACGAAGUAAUGCCAGAUUUAUCUACCCUUAUACUAGACUAAUACGAUGUACGAAGUGAUGGUUAUGAAUUUACAAGCACCUUUGCCAAUUAAUGUUUAAUUGUUGCUUGAUUAAUCUUUAAUUGGCCGAAAACGCGAGUAAAUGUGUCCUCUAGUUUGUUAGUUACUUUCACUGUACCGAUCACAUGGACAGUGUUUAUUAAUUUAUAAAUCCAUAUGUGUAGGAGGCUAUCUUAGUAAAUGCUAAUUUAUAUCUGUUUGAAACAAAAACGGUCAAAUAUUUGAUACACCAAAAUUAAUGAACUUCAAACGACAGCUUGGAAGCUUAACAGGCACACUUGACUGUUGAUACAGGAGUUGUACAGGAAAGUUAAUUAUAAAAAUAAAUAAACGAAAAAAGAAAAAUGAAAAUAAUAAAUGCAAACACAGUGUCACUAAUAUUAAAUACAUGUAUCUCUAGGAUCAACUAGAAAUGAAUAGACAUUAGGAAAUAAAAAAAACCGAUUUUCAGACAGUUAUUAGUAAAAUAUUAUAUAGAGUGUUUGUGUUAUUUGUUGUAUAUGCGUUAGUGUUGUAUUGUUAAUGACAAUGCAAGUGUUCUUAAUCACGUUUCGCGGACCCUAUGAUUGGUACGGACAGCCUAACCUCUCAAGCAUGUCCUUUACUCUACCAACGUUCCUCCUGACCUUCAAAGGUCUUAGUUAUAUAUGUAAGUGACUUGUAUUGGUAAGUUAUUGCUUAUUUGUAACAGGAUUUAUGAUAUAAAUCAAUUCAAAUUCAAGUAUCAUCCAUAGUAUCUGAAGUACUUGUAGUUGUUGUUUCUUUUUAUCCAAAAGUACAUAUGUAUCAUAACUUAUGGGCGAAACUCAAUUUGUUAUAUAUUGUUGUAAUGUCACGGUUUUAUUAUGUAGGUCAAACAAAAGUUUAUUCUCCGAUAGUUAUGUAGAAGUGGAUGCAUAAGUUUAAAAGGGUAGAAAUUGAUGUAGAAAUGUAAAAAAAUAACAUGACUUUCAUGUGCAAAUAACUGAAUAAAUGCAAUCUACCUAUG